AGUGUAUUAGGAAAUACACAGUUACAGAAUAACAAGGAACUUGCACGCAUAAAGACGUGCAGGUGUGAUUUUCAAAACGUCCCCAUCGUUGACACAUAAACAGUCAAAUAAAAUAAAGUUUAAAAUCAAAAUAGACGUAGUUGUUUAUGAAUAAAAUAUAACAAUGUUGUUUACGUGAUAUUUGUUUAUUUUGUAGUGUUGCGAAGGUGAUAUUCAGUAGUGUUGGUCGGUAUUGUCGGUCUCUAUAGACAAGCUGUGUGUUGAGUGAAAAUUUUGGUUUGGUGAGUGUAGUGAGAGGAAAGAGAAAGGGCAUAUAAUGUCGGAUUUGGGCAGUGGAGACGAAGGAAUGUCAGGCCAAAAAAUACAACAAAACAUGAAGAGCGGUGGAGCAGAUUUUGAUUCCGGCCAACAGGGGAUGCAUGGUGAAGAAGAGUUAGCAACUAAAAUGCUUCAAAUUCAAUCGAAACGAUUUUAUUUGGAUGUUAAACAAAAUAGACGUGGCAGAUUUAUAAAAGUAGCUGAGAUUGGUGCGGAUGGAAGACGUAGUCAAAUAUUUCUUGCCCUAUCUACUGCGGCGGAAUUUCGUGAUCACCUUUCCGAAUUCAGUGAUUUUUAUGCUUCAUUAGGUCCACCAAAUCCGGAUAAUGUUCCUGAAGAUGGAAAAUUACGAUCGGAAAUGAUGAUAAAAGAUAAUAGACGGUACUACCUCGAUUUAAAGGAAAACAGCCGCGGACGAUUUUUACGUGUUUCGCAAACAAUAACCCGAGGUGGUCCACGAUCACAGAUCGCAAUACCCGCACAGGGUAUGAUAGAAUUUCGAGAUGCACUCACCGACUUAUUAGACGAGUUUGGAACAGAUGAUGGAGGUUUUCGAGGUGAACUACCAGAAGGCAGACAUUUACGUGUAGAAAAUAAAAACUUUUACUUUGAUAUUGGACAAAAUAAUCGUGGAAUUUAUAUGCGCAUUAGUGAGGUUAAAAGUAAUUUCCGUACGGCUAUAACCGUACCAGAAAAAUCAUGGACACGUUUCCGUGAUAUUCUUGUAGAUUACUGUGAUAAGAUCAAACAAGCCGAGCAAGGUCAAGGAUCUGCUGGGAGUGGGCAACAAGGCGCUUCUGGAGGACAAAGUACUUCCGCCGGUGGAUCAGGGCAACAGAGAUCCUUAAAAACUGUUGGUAGAUCUCGUUCAUCAUCCUUGAAACCAAUCCGUAAACCACGAUCUAGCAAUAGAUAUUCCGUAAACAUGAAUUACGAAGUAAAACGUCGUCGACGAAUAUCCAAUGGUAAUAAAGAUCGGGGUAAUACCGAUCCGAGAAAAACCCGUUCCGCACCGUUAAAUAAACGGGAAAGUAGAAAAAAUUUAAAGAACGAAGAUAUACCAGGGAAAACAGAUCUUGGUGGUGGUGCUGGGAAACCAAAAACUGUUGCAUUUAAAAACUUAACAUCCGAUAUCAAAGAGUGUAGUAGUGAAAGUUAUGGACAAUUUGUUGAGAUUCGUAAGACGUCAAAUAAUACACAAUGUUCUAGUUCAUCGGCGUCAAGUAUUUCCCCCAAUUCAAGUGAAGUGAAAUUGGAAGAAAAUAUUAGUAAUAAAAAUGAUAAUAAGGACGAUAAUAAAAAUACCCAAAAACAAGAAAAGGUAGUGAACUUCGCUGAGAAUAUUAUUGAUAAAGAAGAAAUUGCAAUAUACGAUUAA